AUGCCUUUGCUAAAUCGCAUCUUGUCGCCGUUCCUGUGCUGCUUUCCCGUUCGGCCGCGCGAAGAGCAUCCUACGUCUGACCUCCAAACCCUACCUUCUGCUCUGCACCUUCCUGCUUCUCAGAUUCCUCAUGCGGCUGGUCACUGUCGCCCAAACCAGGCAGAUACAGAAGCACUACAUGAGCUAUUCAGAACGUCAUCAUCCAUUCGUGGCUAUCGAACUGCAUCGAUUCCAUCUGGCUCCCAUGUCCAAAGAGAACCUUCGUUCGAUGCCGACUUCGCAUUCGACUUGCAAGACCCCGCACGGAAACAGCCCAGCAGGUUGGAGCAGUUGGGAAACCAUAUCAAGCAGAAGCUGUCGGAGUCAGCCCUGAGUAAGAGCGGCUCGAGAUCUCACAUAGCGUCUGAAGACAACGCUCACGACUGGGUUGACCAAGACAAUACACAACCGGGAUUAAGUAUCCCCGAGAUUAGCUUGAGCCAGCGCUCUACUGGUCUUCUCGACCUCUUGCAGUCACGGACCGUAAGCGAAGGCGGCUAUGACAGCGAUGCAAAGAGUAUACAGACCGCCAUGCUGAAGUCGAGAGAAGGGACUAUGAAAUUGAGCCCUACAAGAGCACAGACAUUAUUAUCUCCAACUGCUGCUCUGCGCCAUAUCGCCAACGAUGGAGCUUCUGCAUCACUGGAAGUCAGACAAUCAGACGAUGAUGACCUACGACCUCAACCGGAUCUCAGAGUCUUCUCAUCAAGUCCGUCAAAGACGUCGUGCACGAAGGACUUCUUGGAUGUGAACCAGGAGUCGAAAUCAACUGAUUUGGAGCAACUGGACAUCAGCGCAUCACAGGGAGCCAUCGAACUCCUCCAUCGCUCCGUGUUCGAGACAAUACAUAUGUCCCCUGUCGUGGGGACGAAAGAGCUAGAUCCGUUUACUACGGCUGCUUCGCCGAACGACCUUCCACAUGCUGCUCAGCAUGGUACACAUUUCACUGAAAUGCUCAAGCCCCAAGGCGAUAAAUUUCCAGCACCUAACCGAGAGUCUUUGAUCACCAACGGGACAGACCCUCGUGCCAGCUUGAUGUCCCGCCUCGAUCCAAAUUUGGUCGAAUUCGUCUCCCGGUACGGCGAGAGCAUCUCUGCUGAAAUGGCAGGAUCUCCAUCCAAAGACCAUGCGGCUGAUGCCGUGGUUGAUCCAAUGUCAGAGAACGGAGCUCUAUUCACCUCUACUGUAUGCGAAUCUCUCAACGCCUCGCCAGCCCUUCUGUUAUCGCCGUUCAAUCCAGACCAAACACGAGCUACACGACAAGCCAAGUAA